UGAUAAGAAAAAACAUCAUAUUUAUUAGAAAUAAUAAAAACAUAAAUUAUCAUGUGGGCAAAAAAGGACACUUUAAUGGGAUAAAAAAGUGAACUUUUUGGUUUCCCGGCAAAGAGUGGCAAAAAUCUUUUUGUUCCGAGCAAAGACUAUUACACUUCACCAAUCCCCACAGCUUCACAAUCAACAAUGACAGAAGUGUUCUCACUUCACCUUCUACUGUCUUCCAGCAACCAAAGAACUUCUCCUCAAUCAUACAAGUCACUCAAUUCAGCUAAAACCUACUCCAAGUCAACAGCUUCAGUUCCUGCUUCAAGAAAAGGUCGUUUUAGUGUUUUGAAGAAGACCCAGAAGUUGAAUUUGGAGGUUUCACCUCAUAGAGCUGUGUCUGCUGUGAGGUUAAUGAGAAUAGAGCUAGGUGGUGCAUUUGCUGAUCUUCUUAAUGAGAAAGGGAAAGGUUCUGGUGAUAAUGAGAUGGGAUAUGUGGAAAGGACUCUUGGCUUUCGAACAAGGGAUUUAGAAGACCGCGAUCUUCGAUUGGUUACUGAUAUAGUCGGGGGAACAAUCCGCUGGAGGCGAUAUCUAGAUCAUUUGAUCAGUUCAUUAUGCCAUGAUAAGUCUUUUAGCAGCAUGGAACCUCUGCUCUUACAGAUUCUCAGAAUUGGUUUCUAUGAGAUUGUUAAGCUAGAUAUGCCACCAUAUGCUGUUGUGGAUGAGAAUGUGAGACUUGCCAAAGUUGCCCUGAGACCUGGUGCUGGCAACAUGGUUAAUGCAAUCCUCCGAAAGCUAGUUUUGCUUAAGGAACAAAACUCACUUCCUUUACUGAAAUUGGAAGGUGACGAUCGUACACAAGCACGCGCUCUUGCCACAUUGUAUUCUCAUCCCGUUUGGAUGGUUAGGCGAUGGACUAAGUAUCUAGGAAAAGAUGAAGCAAUCAAAUUGAUGGAAUGGAACAACACCGAUCCUAGUUUCAGCUUAAGGGCAAACGCGGGGAAAGGUAUUUCGAGAGCUGACCUUGAAGAAAAGCUAAAUUCUCUCAAGGUCCCGUACGAGCUUUCUUUGCAUUUGGACGAUUUUGUUCGUAUGAAAACCGGCUUACAGAUUGUAAUACAAGCGGGGUUGCUUAAAGAUGGCCUAUGCGCGGUUCAGGAUGAGAGUGCAGGUCUGAUAGUCUCAGUUGUGGAUCCUCAACCGGGUGAGAAAAUCAUGGACUGUUGUGCUGCUCCCGGAGGAAAGACCCUUUACAUGGCAUCACGAUUGUGUGGCCAAGGUAUGAUAGCUGCAAUCGACGUAAACAAGGGCCGGUUGAGAAUCGUUAAAGAGACAGCAAAGUUGCACCAAGUAGAUAGCGUCGUGACAACCAUUUGCGCCGAUCUUCGCGUUUUUCCAGAAACAAAUACAGAGACAUAUGAUAAAGUUUUGUUGGAUGCUCCAUGUUCUGGAUUGGGUGUUCUCUCCAAGAGAGCAGACUUGCGUUGGAAUAGGAAGGCCGAGGAUAUGGAAGAGCUUAAGAAGUUACAGGACGAGCUCUUCGAUGCAGCUUCCUUAUUGGUGAAGCCGGGGGGAGUUCUAAUAUACAGCACCUGCUCAAUUGAUCCCGAAGAAAAUGAAGAUAGAGUAGCUGCAUUUCUUCUAAGGCAUCCGGAAUUCAAUAUAGAAUCAGUCGAAAAAUAUGUUCCAAGCGAUUUCGUAACAUCACAGGGUUUCUACUCUUCAUUCCCAGUAAAGCAUUCACUCGAUGGAUCUUUCGCUGCUCGGUUAGUUCGAUCAUAACAGGCUGGGAAUGGAAGUGUAGAAAAAGCGAAUUUAGAAGAACAAGAGUGGAGGAGGAAGGGAGUUGUCGUACCGCCUUUUCUAGGCACAUAACGAUCUUCUGUUCUCUCUGCCUGCUCCAUCAAAGAAAUUCCCUUUGCUUCAGAAUGAACUGAAGAUCUCUUCAAAGGAAGGAGCCAAAGAAUCAAGUUACUUACAUCACAAGGAAGAAGAAAGACAACAUUUUUUUUCAUCUCAUUGACUCAAUCAGCAAAAAUGGCUUCAGAUUUUAUCUAUGCAUGAGGAACUGAACUGAAAUGUAUACUCUUCAAUCACCUGUAAUUUAAUUACUUAAAUUUAAACUAAGUUGGAAUUAAGUGUAAUGGUUUAAACAUUCAAA